GAGGCCAUGAAUGAUUACUUUUAUUUUACCUACUCUUUGAGUUCAUGCCUUCUUGUGAAGUAAGAAAAAAACACGAGAAUUUAACUUUAAAAUUUAAUCUGUCAUAAAAUCAUAUUUCCUUAAUUAAAAAUGGCUUUGCAUAUACCCAAAGCACCUGGUGUGCCUUCAAUGUUAAAAGAUGGAGCACGGAUGUUUUCUGGAUUAGAAGAAGCAGUUUACAGAAACAUCAAUGCCUGCAAACAGUUUGCACAGAGCGUGCGUUCAGCUUACGGCCCCAACGGCAUGAAUAAGAUGAUCAUCAAUCACAUUGACAAACAGUUUGUGACUAGUGAUGCCGGCACUAUUAUUCGGGAAUUGGAUGUGGAGCAUCCGGCUGCCAAGUUAAUGGUCCUCGCGAGUCAGAUGCAAGAUGCUGAAGUUGGUGAUGGCACCAACUUUGUCAUAGUCAUUUCAGGGGCGCUCUUAGAAGCUGCUGAAGAACUACUACGCCUUGGUGUCACUACAAGUGAAAUAGCUGAAGGAUAUGAACAAGCUCUUGACAAGUGCUUGGAAAUCUUACCAGAGCUAGUAUGUGAGGAGAUAAAAGAUUACAAAGAUAUACCAGCUGUUGUCAGGGGUAUCAGGCCAUCUAUUAUGUCAAAGCAGUAUGGAAAUGAAGACUAUAUAGCCGAGCUUGUAGCCAAGGCUUGUGUGGCUAUACUCCCAGAGCAAACUACCUUCAAUGUUGAUAAUGUCAGAAUAUGCAAGAUUCUUGGGGCUGGUCUUCUACAAUCCCAAGUUCUAUCGGGGAUGGUGUUCAAGCGAGAAGUAGAAGGUGAUCUGACUUCAGCCAGCAAAGCUAAAGUGGCCAUAUACUCUUGUCCAGUAGACAUCACUCAAACUGAGACUAAAGGGACAGUUUUAAUUAAAACUGCAGAUGAACUGCUUAACUUCAGCAGAGGAGAAGAGUCGCAUCUUGAGAAACAAAUCAAGGAUAUUGCAGAUGCCGGCGUCAAAGUUAUUGUUGCUGGUGCUAAGUUUGGUGAUAUGGCUUUGCAUUUCCUGAACAAAUAUGGAGUUAUGGCUGUCCGUCUCACAUCAAAGUUUGAGCUUCGCCGUCUUGCUAAGACUGUCAAUGCUACUGUUUUACCCCGUAUUACGACUCCAACUGCGGAGGAGCUUGGUUACUGUGACACAGUGACUGUUGAAGAGCUAGGAGACACUCGGGUGGUGGUCUUCCGCAUGGAAAGCACAGAGUCUCGCUUAUCUACUAUUGUAAUUAGAGGUUCUACAGACAAUUACAUGGAUGAUAUUGAGAGAGCUAUUGAUGAUGGUGUCAACACAUUUAAAGGAAUUGCUAGAGAAGGAAGGUUUGUGCCUGGCGCUGGUGCUACAGAAAUUGAGUUAGCUCACAGACUCAUGCAAUAUGCAGAUACUCUUCCUGGCUUGGAACAAUAUGCUGUACGAAAAUUCGCCAUCGCCUUAGAAAGCAUCCCGCGAUCGCUGGCCGACAAUUCUGGUGCUAAUGCUACAGAAGUAGUUAACAACAUCUACAAGGCUCACCGUGAUGGCAAUAAAAAUGCUGGAUUUGAUAUUGAUUCCGAAAAUAAUGGAGUUUGUGACGCGAAAGAAAAAGGGAUUCUUGAUUUGUUUGUUCUGAAACAUUGGGGCCUCAAGUAUGCAGUUGGUGCUGCUACUACAAUACUCAAAGUGGAUCAGAUCAUUAUGGCCAAGAGAGCUGGUGGACCUAAGCCCAGAAAACCUGAUGGCGAUGAUGAUGACUCUUAAAUAUACAAUUCUUUAUUACAAAUAAGCUAUCUUUAAUAUAGCUUCUUUGUUAACUAACGUAAUGGUAUUAAUAUUACUGCCUAUUUUCAUAUAGCAAUUAAUUUAAAUGGAUUGCUUUAGGUUUACUCCAUGUCGUCACAAAACAUGUCGAGGCCUUAACCAUAAUUAAACAUUCUUAAUUUA